AUGUUGUCUUGGUUAUCAAAUGUGUGUUGUUGCAAGGCAUCGUCAGCCGUAAUCCCUAUGAAGGAAUCCGAUGUUCCUGAAGUUGUGAAAAUUCUUCCCAUCAAAGAUGCGGAAGGGAACCCGAGGAACAAGAUCGCCCUGAAACCCGGGCAUUCGUUGAUGGACUGGGUCAAGCUGACGAAUUCAGGGAAAAAUUUGGCCGGAGUUGAUAAGUUUAUGAAUGUCAGCCAUGAGGAAUUGGCGAAACAUGCUAGUCCGAAUGAUGUAUGGGUCGCAUUACGUGGAAACAUUUACAAUGUUACGCACUACAUGGAUUUUCAUCCUGGAGGAUGCGAGGAACUAAUGCGUGGUGCUGGAAAAGAUUGUACUGAUUUGUUCGAUGAGGUGCAUCGAUGGGUCAACUACGAAAGUAUGUUGAAGAAAUGCAUUGUGGGGAAACUGAAACCCUCGGUGGACAAUCUGAGCUCGGGAGCUUUCGACUUGAACCAGAAGUUGCGCCAAGACCUCGCGGGAACCUUUCGACCCCCGAAAUUGAAAACUACCGAUUCUUCGGAAAUCCGUAACAUCUCGUUCGAUUGGCACGAAUCCCCAGGCACUGUGGAAAUCAGUAUUUUCACGAAAGUAUCCGGAAACCGGUUAACGAAGGGCCACGUGAUCGUAGACAACGAUGGAAAAAGUCUCGACGUGUUCGUUUACACCCCGUCAAAGGCGAGGAACCGGUCUUUGCAUCGACUCCGAGUGAAACUUAGAGACAAUGUGGAAAGGAAAAGCACUGUGAACGUGUCAUCGUCGUCGGGAAAGGUUACGUUGUUUUUCAAGAAGAUCGUUAGAGACCACUGGGGUACGAUCGGUGAUGCGAAGUUGGAGUCUCCGUGUGUUGAUAAACCUGAGCAGUGUUUUAGAACUGCGACUUUGGAAAAGGUUACCGGUGUUACGCAUGAUAUGAAAGUGUUCGAAUUUGUUUUGCCGCCGGGAUGUUUCCUCGCCCCGCCUCUUGGGCACCACGUUUUCCUGAAAACUGAUGUUCUUGGAAUGAGUGUCGUGAAAGCGUAUACGCCGAUUUUGGAGAACGUGAACGACAUGGAAAGUGAUGCGAGGUUGCUUUGCGGGUCCAAGUUGCACUUGAUGAUCAAAAUUUAUCCUGAUGGUGCUUUGACCCCUUCUUUGGAUAACUUGAAGCCUGGACAAAGAAUCGAGGUUUCCAAUCAUGACGGGAAUUUCGAACCGGAGUCCUUUUGGGCCGCAGAAAAUAUCGCUUUCAUCGCAGCUGGAUCCGGUAUUUCUCCCAUGAUCCGACUUCUCGCAGAACUUUUCGCCGGAAAGGAGGACCUGGGGAAAAAGAAAAACUCUAUUCGGCUCUUGGCCUGUAACAAAACUGAAGCCGACAUUCCUUGGGCGGAUGUGAUCGAAGAGUGGACAGAAGCUUAUGAUAAUUUUUCAGUGAAGCAUGUGUUGAGCCGACCGGAUGCAGAUUGGCAAGGCCCCAAAGGCCGAAUCAAUGAAGAAAUUCUGAAAGGUUUCCUAGUCGAGUGGGACGAGGCGAAUGAUCGCAGUGUCCUGAUUUGCGUUUGCGGGUCAAGUGCCUUCAACGACGUUGUACGAAAAAUGUUGCUGAACAUCGGGUUCAAGGCCGGUGAGCUGUUCUUAUUUGACGGAUGAAGUCGUUGCGUUCGAUAGCCAAGAGACCUUGAUCUUAAAAUAUGUUUUAGUUUACAGGAGAUGAUUUUU